UGUUGACACGUGUUCCCAUCAAUCACCGAGUUGAGAGUUUGCGCCACGCAACAUUUACCUGACAAAUGGGACAAAUGGGAAUAAAUGUUCUUUGUCAGAUAAUUACCUAGACGAUGAAGGGUGAACAAACGGUGGGACGGGGCCGGGGCCAGAGAGGGAACCGUGGUCCGAGCUUUCGGUAAAUACGGCGGGCACACAGCGGGUCGGGGAACCGACACACUGGACAGGCGGCGUGGAUAGCGUUUUCCCUGGACCGCGGCAGACCUCCUGAACCGGACAGCCAUCUUUUCACUUAAUCAGCAGGUGGAGCAGGACUGGCCCGCUAUCCAGGUGAAGCAACAGGUGGGAGGAAUGGCGGCAGGUGCGCCGGUGUAGCCGCUCCACAGGUGUGUAACCCCCCACCGACCCUGCGGACAGGUGCGAUACCGAAAAUGUUUCCCCGGACGAUCACGCGUUUUUACCUGCCGAACCGAGAUCAGGACCUAAACGGAGGGACGGACUAGUCCGCUGGGCACGGACAGGUGGAGGAUGGCGGUGGAAGACUGUAUUCGCUGCGUCAAGUGUUUGCUGUUCGCCUUCAAUGUACUGUUUUGGAUCAUCGGUCUGGCCAUCGUGGCGGUGGGAACCUGGGUGCGAGACCACGUGUCUGCCCUAAUCAGCAUAGGCGCAGUGAUGGAGGACACGGGCGGCGGGUACUUCGUGAACGUGUACUACCCCGUCAUCGUCACCGCCUCAUGCGUCAUGAUCCUGGUCGGCUUCCUGGGCUGCUGCGGCGCCAUGGCGGAAAACCCCGCCUUGUUAGGCAAGUUCCUUGUUUGCUUGAUGCUGAUAUUUUUCGUUGAACUUGGAGGAGGUUUGUGGGCGUACAAACACCCAGACGAGGAUCCUUUUCCAAGACGAGAUGACGAAGUUGCAAUUCUAUCGAGAAGAUUGAGAUUUUAUGGAGACAGAAAUUAUGGUGAAGUCACAAAGGGCUGGGACUUCAUACAAAACGAGUACCACUGCUGUGGUAUGAACAGUUACCGGGACUGGUACCGGCUGCCCGCGUGGCCCAGCCAGACGUGGGUCCCGGACUCCUGCUGCAGGGUACCUGCGGAGGGCUGCGGCCAUGUUGGGAGGGACGAGGAUUACUUCAAUCAGGGGUGCAGUUUCUACGUGCUCGCAUUUUUCGAGGACAGCAGACAAGUCAAAAUGAUGAAGUGGUUGGGAGUCUGCAUGGGGGUUAUACAGAUGAUGAGCAUGAUGCUUACGCUGCUGCUAUGUAUAGCCCUGUGCUGUAACAACUUUCGCAUGGGAUAUUUUCAAGCCGCCUCACGGCCUAUGGACGCCGUCUAGCGGAAAAGCCGCGAACCGUACAUUUUUGAAAAAACAAACAAACUUGGGAGACAGAGACUCCUUGCUACCUCAUUGAUGUACAGAGGAAAUACUACCUUCAUGAAUAGGAAAGAACAGACCGCAGCUAUUCAGUGAAGAGGAUAACAAGUUAUUCGACGUGGGGUUUUAUGUAAGAACACCGUACCUCAGACACUGUGUGCCAGAUGAGCCAGUCAGCAAAGUUGCCAGGCAACAGGAAACGGUCACACACUUUUGCAAACCACGCACGAUCAUGACGGACACCGAUAGGAAACUCCCUACAAACUCCAUUAAAUGUAGAGUUUGCAAAUGUCUAUCUUUCCAUAGUGAUUCAAAUCGAUCGAAAUGCAAUGCGUGGUUGUUCUAGCAGUUUGAGGGUUUGUACAAUACUAACAUGCAGUAUUAUUUAACAGCAGUAUGUACAUUUUGGAAGACUUUGAGAUCCUAAGUAUGUUGAUGAAAUAUCUACAUAGCUGUACAUAUUUGUGAACGCUUUUCAGAUGAAAUAACUCUUUAGGAGUAAAAAUGUACUUAUGAUUUCUUUUUACUGUGUCUUGCCAUAGACAUUGCUUCUUGAGUUAACGUUUGUUGAAUUUGCGAGUACUUUAGAACGUUGGAACAGCUAGUAACUGUGCAUGUUGCUAACUAUCGACACUGCCAUACAAAAGUUUUGCAUCUAUAGUUUCUUGCAGUAAUCAUUAUGCAUAGUCUUAACGUGGCGCAAAAGCGCAGAAGUCAACAAUCAAAUUUUGAGGGGGAAAACGUAUCUAUAUAAUUAUUUGGGACGCUACACACAGCAAAUAUUGCUUGCACAUAAAACGCCUGCUGACUCAAGCUGCACAAAAAGGGCUACCCUUGGGCCCUUCGAUACAAACAACCUGUGAACUUUUUAUUUCAUUAUGAUUCUUUUAUACUUCGCAAUAUCGCUAAUUACAUCACAAAUGGCCAAACUUUUAAAACACUAUUACGGUCGCUGUAGGAUAAGUCUUUACUGAAGGCACUUGUGAAGCAUGCUGUACGUCUGCUGUGUAGUCAUCAUUGUUAUGCCACAAGCCUUGAGAAAUACAAGUGUACAUACUUAUUUUA